AUGUACAUUCUACUUUUGCUCCUCUCUCUUAUUUUUGGAGUUGCUACGAAUCCUAAUUAUUUUUAUUUGCGAGAGUUUUCUGCCCGUGAUAAUCACUAUGUGUAUGAUAUGGUGGAGAGCGGAGCCAACUUGUAUCUCGCUUCUAAUGAUGACUGGAUGUACUUGAAGAACAUUACAAUAAGAACAGGCGCCCACACAUAUACAUUGGAAAAACUGUUGGUGCCUAAUGACGAUGGAUCAGCAGCUAGUAUUCCAAUACCUGGCAACUUUUCUAUUGUAACUACUAAUAACAAUACUGUAACGGCAAAGUUAUCUGGUUUCUUCUAUUUUACCACGGCACUUCAAGCACAGGACCCAACGUUUCAUGUGUUCGUGGUUCAGACAACUCGAUCCGUUAGUGUGACCGGUAUGAAGUCUACUGUGGUCAUUCUGAAUACUCUACUCAAAGCCAGCUUAUUGGAUGGUGAUCUCCCACAUAGGACGUCAUAUGUGACUAACAUCAAACAGUCACCGAAUACAAAUCUAUAUUUUCAUUGGGACAUGCCAUAUGACGAUUGGAAGAGUGAGACUAACAAUACGUUCUUCCAGAAUCCAAUUGUAUUGAAAAAGGGAACAGAAAGUGUGCGAAUGUUUUUUGAUCACGUCGAGCCACUUCAAAUCGCAUUGGAGUACUGGUACUUCACAGUUGAUGGCCCCGUUAGCAUGGACAUGGAGAACAAGUUCGAGAACGAUGAUCACUACAAUGCGACUGCGACUUCAACCACCGGAGUGAUGAUCAGUUAUUAUUAUUUUUACGAUCAUUUUGUGAACUUCCAGUUAGAUUGGAGUUCAGGUGGAGUUUCCGGAUAUUUUACUUCUGCGUUCAUUGACGACCGCGACUCUUAUCUCGAAAUUAAACUUGAUUACUAUGAUUAUAGCUCCUCCGAUAAACUUUACCAAGGCUGUAACAAUGUUGGAGUAUUAUCAUACGAAUACCAGCAAGCGUACACGCUAUCCGCCAGCGUUCUUCAAAUAGGCGAUGGACCGUUUUAUAUCCAGUACUUUAAUUUCGCUGGGGAUUUGUGGCAUACCAGUACAAUUGGAAACAAUGUGACAUCUACUACUCCUGUCCCAACAACGCAUAAAAAUGGAUCGUCUGCGGUGUUUGCAAUGGAAUUUGUCGUUUUGGUUCUGAUGGUUUUAUUGCUUUCUUGA